AUGGUGUUUAAAGCGACUGUCAGCGGUGCCUGGAGGGCGACGAGGACGCUGUGGCUGCUCCUGCUAGUGAGCCUGUCUGUGUGCGUCUGUGUGUGCCGAGCAUCAUCACCUCAGGAGGAGGACAGUGCCAUGGAGAACAUCGUUACGGAGAAGAGGGCUGAGGAGAGCCACAGGCAGGACAGCGCCGACCUGCUCAUCUUCAUCCUGCUCCUCACCCUCACCAUCCUGACCAUCUGGUUGUUCAAACACCGGCGGUUCAGGUUUCUGCACGAAACUGGGCUGGCGAUGAUUUAUGGCUUACUUGUUGGCGUGGUCUUACGCUAUGGCAUCCAUGUUCCUCGGGACGUUAGCAACGUCACGCUGAGCUGCCACGUUAAUGCAAGCCCCGCCACUCUGCUGGUCAAUGUCAGUGGCAAAUUCUACGAGUACACUCUGAAAGGGGAGAUCAGUGCCAAUGAGGUGAACGACGUGCAAGAUAAUGAGAUGCUGCGAAAGGUGACCUUUGACCCUGAAGUGUUCUUCAAUAUUCUGCUACCACCGAUCAUCUUCCAUGCUGGCUACAGCUUGAAAAGGAGACACUUUUUCCGUAACAUGGGAUCCAUCCUGGCUUAUGCCUUUUUGGGGACGGUUAUUUCCUGUUUUGUUAUCGGGUUGCUGAUGUACGGCUGUGUGAUGCUAAUGAAGCAGGUGGGACAGCUGGGUGGAGACUUCUUCUUCACUGACUGUCUCUUCUUUGGAGCCAUUGUGUCUGCCACAGACCCUGUGACAGUCCUGGCUAUCUUCAACGAGCUGCAGGUAGACGUGGAUCUGUACGCUUUGCUGUUUGGAGAGAGCGUGCUCAACGAUGCCGUGGCCGUGGUUCUGUCCUCGUCUAUAGUAGCGUACCAACCAGAAGGAGACAACAGUCACACCUUUGAGGUCAUGGCGAUGCUGAAAUCUUUUGGGAUUUUCCUCGGAGUCUUCAGCGGCUCUUUUGCUCUGGGAGUGGCCACCGGAGUCGUCACUGCUCUCGUGACUAAGUUCACCAAGCUGAGGGAUUUCCAGCUGCUGGAGACAGCUCUGUUCUUCCUCAUGUCAUGGAGCACAUUCCUGUUGGCUGAGGCUUGUGGCUUCACAGGUGUGGUAGCAGUGCUGUUCUGCGGGAUCACUCAGGCCCACUACACCUACAACAACCUGUCCCCUGAGUCCCAGGACAGGACCAAGCAGCUGUUUGAGCUGCUGAAUUUCCUGGCAGAGAACUUCAUUUUCUCCUACAUGGGUCUGACCUUGUUCACCUUCCAGAACCACGUCUUUAAUCCGAUGUUCAUCGUUGGAGCCUUUCUGGCAGUGUUCCUGGGAAGAGCUGCUAACAUCUACCCUCUGUCAUUCCUUCUUAAUCUGGGACGACGCAACAAGAUCAGAUCCAACUUUCAGCACAUGAUGAUGUUUGCGGGACUGCGAGGUGCGAUGACCUUCGCCCUGUCCAUCAGGGACACGGCGACGUACGCCCGUCAGAUGAUGUUUUCCACCACUCUUCUGGUGGUCUUCUUCACUGUUUGGAUUUGUGGAGGUGGCACCACCCAGAUGUUGUCCUGCCAGCGCAUACGAGUGGGAGUGGACUCUGAUCAAGAUAACUCUAUGAGUAUCGCUGAAGGAUCAGAGAGACGAAGCACCAAACAAGAAAGUGCCUGGCUAUUCAGAAUUUGGUACAACUUCGACCACAACUACCUGAAGCCCAUCCUGACUCACAGCGGCCCCCCUCUCACAGCCACGCUGCCUCCCUGCUGCGGCCCCCUCGCCCGCUUCCUCACCAGCCCUCAGGCCUACGAGAAUGAAGUGCAGUUGAAGGAUGACGACUCUGACCUCAUCCUGACAGACGGCGAUAUCAACCUGACCUAUGGCGACAUUACAGUCAGUACAGAUGCCUCAGGCGCCCACAGCAGCGGCGGGCCAGCCUUUACCGGUGCCACCUCUGAUGACUUGGACCGAGAGCUAACAUAUGGAGAUCACGAGCUGGUGAUGAGGGGCACACGGCUGGUGCUGCCCAUGGAUGACUCAGAGCCGCCCUUCACAGACCCCCACCACCGCCUGCGGAUGUGAAGAUACUCUUUCAAAGCAGACCCAGACAACCGUCCAACUCACACUGACCCAAGCCAUCGAACAAAAAACCAGUACCUAUCUCUCCUUCUUUCAUUCUUCCCACUUUUUUCUCUUUUACUCUUGCACCUUUCCUUAUUCCUCUUGCUUCUCUUCCACACAGAUCCUCACGGCUACAUUUUCCCACUUCCUCUAGUGGCAAAUCAUUGUCUCUACCUCAUUCCCCUUGUUUCCACACCUUUCUGGCAUCUGCCAAAACUGUAAUAUAGUCUUAUUUAUUUGCAGAGUUUUUUAGCAUUCAUUUGAAAGUCAGUUUCUCUCAGUUUUGCUUAAAUUUGUGUGCCAGUCACCUUUACCGUAGCAUUGCACAGAGGUCUAGCAGCAUGUGUUAGUGUGUAAAUGCAAGUACCAACCACUAGAUAAUUUGUCAAUAUACAGUAUAUAACAAAAGUACUAUAACUUUAAUAUGCAUGCUGAGGAUGCUUGUUGUUUUCUUUGUAUAGGGAGGUUGAGGGCUUUUGUGUUUUGGGUCUGACCUUGAAUGUUGCUGCCUUCUCUCUGUGCGUCAGAGACAUGCUGACCCAGUGGACAACUUUACUGUACAUUUGGUUACAAUCAAGUGCCUGGGAAUUGUAGUUUUUAAGCCUGGCGACCCAUACUGGAUCAGCUCUGGGAAGCAGAGCGGGUUGAGGGAUGGGCGGUCAUGCAGUUGUAGUUUUAAUUUGUAAAAAAGGAAAAAAAAAAAAAAACCCAAAAAUCAAAACAGACACCUCUGUCCAUAAGGUAGCAAUAUACUCAGUGGGUGUUUGAGCUGUCAGUUUGUGCUAUCCGCCUGUAAAUAGUGUGUAACAAUGUAAUGCCACUGAUGCGGUGUAACCUGGCAGUGAAAGUUGUGGAUCUCUCCCAAUGACCUUUGACUGUGACAUAGAGAGGGACUUCACACCUUAUUUUAGAAGCUGACGUCGCUCACGGGAGAACGAAGGGCUGUUGUUCUGAAAACGAGAUCCAAAUGAGGAAAGCUUAGUGCCAUUUCUGUCCUGCAUUUUGACAUUUUGUGAAAACUGAAUGCAGAUGACCUUAAAGUGUUUUAUAUAUUCUUUUUGCAACAGAGCUUAAGUACUUUAAGCUGAAUCACAUUUUUCAUACUCAUUUAGCUUUGUGCACACAUUUUCUAUUACGAUUGUUGCAUUGUUGUUGAGACUUUGAAUCCACUUUUCUCAUUAAGUGAACCUGAAAAACACAGAUACGUGAAUUUGACACUAAAGGAACUUAGUACCGUGGUAUUGGUAAGCACACAGGUAUUUUUGUGAGUAUAGGUUUGGCAAAUCAGAGAAUUGAUUGCCUCCGUAUGUGAUUUUUAUUACAGCUGCAACCGGUGAUUAUUUUCAUUAUUAAUUAAUAUGUCAGCUGUGGUUUGAUUAAAUUUUAUUCGUUUGGCCUAUAAAUUUCCAACAAUAGUGACAAAUUCCCAUCACAAAUUGUCAGCGCUAACCUGACGUAUUUAAACAUCUCAUUUUUAAUUAUUUUUUUAUUUUAUUUUUUUCUGAUCCGACCCAAAAAUACUCAUUUAGCAAUCAUGUAAGAAUCAAAAAAUGACUAUUUAUAUUAUUCUCCAUGAUAUUUGUGUUGGUACUGUGGCAGUUCAUUGCUAGAAUAGGACAGCAAUAGUUGUUUAUAUGCUGGAUGAUUUCCUCUGCUGUUCUUUAAGACUGAUGGUUUCAUGGUCUAACAGGAUUUUCAUAAAAAUGUUUACUGUUAAAAGGCUGCUCGUAGAUGGAUGUGUUACAUUUAACUUAUAGUCUCUUUCAGUGUAUCGCACACUGUGGAGGCUAUUUUGGUGGGUGUACGAGAAGAAUGGAAGGUUUUGCGAACUCCUUCGGUUGCAGAGUAUAGCAGCUGUUAAUGGGGGUUUAACAGGAAGUGCUGAUAGGACAUCACCGUGGCAACACUGUGUUGAUGUGGAUAGAAGCCAGGAAAACAUUCAGUGACUUAGUUCAACGCAACAGUGUUGUGGUUUACCCACUUGGUGAGCCAAAGGAAAAAAAAAUUGGGUGUAUGCGAAAUGGAUGCAGGCGGACGGGGUUAAAGAAAAGAGUGAGAGAAAUAGAUGAAAUAGAAAUAGAUGAUAAAAGAAAAAAGAAAAGGAUAAGGAAGGAUACUUAGGCCUAUGUUUGUGUGUGUGUGUUCAUAUGUUGGGGAUGAUACAGAGGUGGAAGGAAGAGCAAGCUUUUAGAUAUCGCUUUUCCUUCCACAGUUAUCUUCUGCUGUGCAGGAACUUCUUAUUGAAAGUGUUGACUUUUUUUUUUUUUUUUUAAUCAGACAUGCCUACUGACAUCACAUUAUCCAGGAAACGAUUCCUUCUUUCCACCAUUUUAUACUUUGUGUUUGAGUUAUUCUUGAAUUUUAUUUUGUAGAAGGGAAACAGUGAAGUAAAAACAAAACUGAAUAAUUUGCACUCAUCCUUUGAUAAUGUUUUUCUGUUUUAUUGUUAUGAUGCUUAUUUUAUCCAACAGCUGCUUUUUUAUUAUUUACCUUAUGUUUUGGAAGGUUGCGGAAAAAUGAGCAAUGUCAUGUCGGUUAAAUGAAUGGUAAAGUAAAAUUUAGUAGACAUUAAGUUGGUUCAUUGAUGUUACUUUGUAAAGAAUUAUUUCCACAUUGCAGUGGCAGACCUUUCAUACUGUUGUUCCAUCUUAAAACUUAACAGGUACUUAGUAUGUAUGUUUGCAACCAAUUGCUGUUGAAAAUGCUGUUUUCAUGUCUUCUACAGAGCACGAAUCAUUCAUCCUCCACUGAUGGCGGACUCGGUGGGGGGAAAAAAAUAGAAAAAUAUAAUACAAGCAGAAUUGUGUGCCGCUGUUCUUCAGCUGGCACAUUAAAAAAUGUGAAAUCUGAAAAAGCUCCUAUAGGUUUUGGUAUUUGCCUACUGCUCUGCCAGUAUGUUCUUCUUUCUCUCUGUUCUCUGAAUGGUGACUUGUGAUAGGCUUUGACCAUUGGAAAUCUUGUCUGAAGUAGCUGACCAAAGAGGCCUGCUGUGCUUUGUGUUUUCAGACAAUACACUCUGUCUUUAUACUGCAAAUUCUCUGUGUGUGUGUGUGUGUGUGUGUGUGUGUGUGUGUGUGCGUGUGUCAAUGCCUGCAAGUGUAUAUGGGUGUGUGUACUGGUGUGUGUGUGUGUGUGUCCGAGAGAAAGAGGGAGAAUGAUUUUUCUCUUUUCCUCUGUGUUGCAGGUACUGACUGUUUACAUCUGUGUAAAUAUUCUCUCACUUGAUCUUGUGUGUGCAACGGUCAAUAAAUAGAAGCCUGUGCUUUUGAUUAAA